AUGCAAUCGUCUGCUAAUACAAGUGGAUUUCCAUAUACAUCCUCUGAGCUGUUCCAGAACAUGAUCAGGGAAUUAAGAUCUAUUAACCUUUUGAUUUCUCUAAACUUUUUUUUUUUCGUUUCAGCUGUAGUCAACUAUGGCCAGCAAAUUCCUCCUCAGCAAAUCCCUGCCAGUAGCGCAUGUGAAGGAGACAGUUGUUAUGCAGGUGACUUGCUUAUAGGUCGUGAAGACAAACUCUAUGCCUCUUCAACUUGUGGUCUGAAUGGGGCAGAACCAUUUUACAUUGUCAGCCAUCUUGAAAAUCGAAAUCGUGAGAUCUUUUACUGUGACUCGAGGACACCAUGGCAACAAGGUGUCAACGAGCUCAACCACGAAAUCAAGCAUGUGGUAACAUCCAUGGACAACUCACAGAAGAAACAAAGGUGGUGGCAGUCAGAGAAUGGCUUAGAACAGGUCUACAUCCAGUUUGACCUUGAAGCAGUCUUCCAUUUCACCCAUCUCAUCAUGACCUUCAAGUCAUUUAGACCAAGGGCCAUGAUCAUAGAGAGAUCUUCAGAUUUUGGACAUACAUGGAAGCCAUAUAGGUACUUUGCCUAUGAUUGUGAAGGAAGUUUUCCUGAAGUGUCUAGAGCACCCAUCAGGAAUAUCAGCCAGGUGAUCUGUGAGAGUAGAUACUCGGCAGUUGAACCCUCGACUGGAGGGGAGGUGAUUUUCCGUGUGCUACCACCCAAUAUCCCCAUAGAAGAUCCUUACAGCAGAGAAGUACAGGAUAUGAUUAAGGUGACCAAUCUCAGAAUCAACAUCACUGAGCUUCAUUUUCUUGGAGAUCACCUCUUUGAUGAUGGUGAUGAAGUCUUCAACAAGUACUAUUAUGCCUUGUAUGAGAUGGUUGUAAGAGGUAGCUGUCACUGUUUCAACCAUGCCUCUAGCUGUCAACCAGCAGAUGGUAUGGAGAGUAAACUACAGAUGGUGAAUGGGCAGUGUGAAUGUAUUCAUAAUACAGAAGGGAAGAACUGUGAGAGAUGUAAGCCUGAAUACAAUGACCAACCAUGGAGACCUGCUGGAUUACAAGGCGAAAAUAAUGAGUGCAAGAGAUGUAACUGCAAUGACCAUGCAAACAGCUGUCAUUUUGAUGAAGCAGUAUACCAGCUGACUAACGGUGCGAGUGGUGGUGUAUGUGAUAAUUGCCUGCACAAUACUGUUGGUCGCAACUGUGAACAAUGCAAGCCGUUCUUCUACAUGCAUCCAGAUCGUGACAUCAGGGAUCCUAACAUCUGUGUUCCAUGUAACUGUGAUCCUGCUGGUUCUGAGAAUGGGGGUGAGUGUGCUAGCCACACCCAAGGUGACAUGGUAGCUGGGAUGUGCCUGUGUAAACGCUAUGUGACUGGUCAACGAUGUGAUGCCUGUCAGGAUGGAUACUGGGAACUUAGGGAAGAUAAUCCAGAAGGUUGCAGAGAAUGUGCCUGUAACCUUCUUGGAUCUGAGAAUAACAUGGGAUGUGAUAAGACUACUGGUAACUGCAGAUGUAAGAGAUACGUCACUGGCCAGAAUUGUGACAGGUGCUAUGAGGGAUAUUAUGGCCUGAGUGCUGAUCUUUAUGGAUGUAAACAAUGUGAGUGUGACCCAGGCGGUUCGUACAACAACUCGUGCAACCAGGUUUCAGGACAAUGUCCAUGCCGACGUAACAUUGGAGAACGACAAUGCAACACUGUCAACUCAGGCUAUUUUUAUGUCAACAUGGAUUAUUACACAUAUGAAGCGGAGUAUGCACGAGCUGUCGCCGAUCUUUCCUUGGUUGACUAUUAUCCUCGUAUGAGAGAAGUUGAUUACAUUGGUUGGACUGGUCCUGGAUUUAUGAGGAUACAUGAAGGAGGUGGUAUUGAGUUUACUGUUAGUAAUCUUCCAAUGUCUGGUGAUUAUGAUCUUAUCCUCAGAUAUGAACCAUUGCUUCCUGGAGUUUGGGAAGAUGUAAGGAUCACUAUUAAUCGUCCUGGUGAGAUCCCAACACAGAGUGUAUGUGGUAAUACUAUUCCUCAAGAUGACCUUCUUGUUACAUCCUUGCCAUCAGGAAGCAGACAUGUUGUCUUGAGUAAUCCAGUGUGUCUUGAGACUGGGAAGACAUAUACUAUCCGUGUAGACUUCACACGAUACAGCUCUGAUAACCAGGACAGCAAUGCACAAAUUCUACUUGACUCAUUGGUUGUGAUGCCAAGGGCUACCAUCUAUCCCAUCUUCCAAGGACCAGAUCCAAUUGAGCAAUACCGUCGUGAGCAAUGGGAAUAUUAUCGUUGUGGAGAAGCUCACAUGGCUGCUCACCAUGCAACUCUAUCUGAUAUCUGUAAAGAACUCAUGUUCAGCAUGUCUGCACUUGCCUUUGAUGGUGCACUUCCUUGCCAAUGUGAUCCCGCUGGCUCACUGAGCAACAUAUGUGAUGAGACUGGUGGACAGUGUCAGUGUAAACCCAAUGUGAUUGGCCGUACAUGCAAUCAGUGUGCUCCUGGAACAUAUGGCUUUGGGCCUGAAGGUUGUACUCCUUGUAACUGUGACGGAACUGGUUCAUUGAAUGAGUUCUGUAAUCAGCUAACAGGUCAGUGCCCCUGCAGACCCAAUACAUAUGGACAGCAAUGUAAUGAAUGUCAACCAGGGUACUGGAACUUCCCCAACUGUCAACGUUGUAAUUGCAAUGGACACGCUGACCUUUGUGAUCCACGUACAGGAGAGUGUAUUGAUUGCCAAAGCAACACCGCUGGAUUUGAAUGUGAAAGAUGCAAGCGAGGUUACUAUGGGGAUCCCACAAGAGGCUCCGCAUUGCCAUGUCAGGCAUGUCUUUGUCCAGGAGGAGCUGGUAGCGGGAAUCAAUUUGCUGAGACUUGCCAGCUAGACCAGGGAACUCAAACUGUUCAGUGUGAUUGUUUUGCUGGAUACACAGGUAUCCGCUGUGAUCAGUGUGAUAAUAACUACUUUGGGAACCCAACUGAGCCCAGAGGUGUUUGUAACCUGUGUAACUGUAACGGUAAUACUCUAUCUAGUACACCAGGCAACUGUGAUGCAAGGACUGGGCGAUGUUUGAAAUGUCUUUAUAACACUGCUGGUUUCAACUGUGAAGAAUGCGCCCCAGGAUUCUAUGGGGAUGCAAUCCAACGAACAUGCAGAGAUUGCCAAUGUAAUGUCCUUGGAACUGACCGUUCACAGUGUGACCUUGAUAAUAACUGUGGUGUUUGUGACCCUGUCUCUGGUCAAUGUCCAUGUCUACCUAAUGUACUUGGUCAACAGUGUGACCGCUGUGCUCAAGACCAUUGGAAGUUGGCCAGUGGUACAGGAUGUGAGGCAUGCAAUUGCUGUUCAUAUGGAGCUGUCUCAUCAAGAUGUGAUGAGUUCACUGGUCAGUGUGCCUGUAGGUCUGGCUUUGGUGGAAGGGAGUGCUGUGACUGUGAAGCUAACUUUUGGGGAGAUCCUAGGGAAGGAUGCUAUGAAUGUGACUGUGAUCCUCAAGGAUCUGCUACCAGCCAAUGUGAACGAGGUACAGGACAGUGUGUAUGUCUACCAGGAGUAACAGGAUAUAGGUGUGACCAGUGUGCCCGUGGUACUACUGGAGAACUACCACGUUGUGAACCCUGUGGAGAGUGCUUUGAUGAGUGGGAUCGUAUCGUUCUUCUUCUUAGGAAUGAGACUUAUGAUUUGAUCGCACGCGCACAAAACAUCAAGGUAUCUGGAGUAUCUGGUGUCUAUGAUCGAGAGUUUAAUCGUCUUGAAGAUCUAGUAGAGUAUGCUGAAUCUUUGAUCCGAGGUGCUCCCUCUGUCACAGAAAAUGAUGUAGUUAACAUUCAGAGUGAACUGGAUGAUAUCAGAGAUACUCUUGAACGUUACCAUGAGGAAGUAUUAGGGUUAGAAGAUAUGCAAAGGCGUACACGUGGCAACAUUGCUCGUGCUAAUCGUGAACUUGACCUUCUGGAAAGAGAAGCUGACGAACUUAAAGCAGAUGCUGAGAAUUUACAGAGGGAAAGUUAUGAUUUUGGAACAGCAAAUGUAGAAGGUGCCAUGAACAGCAUCCUGAGAAGUCAAAACCUAUCGCGUGCUGCUGAGGAUCGUGUUGAUGGAACCCAACCUACUCUAGACCAAUCAGAAGCAGUUCGUCAAGAGGUAGAAAACUUGAUUGGUGAACGGAAUGCUGCCCUUGAGCAAGAGAGACAAGGGUAUCUGGAUAGAUUGGAUGAUGUGGAUAAUCAAUUGACUGGAUUAGAAGGACUUCUGACAGGACUCAAUGAAAAGAUCUGUGGGUCACCUGGAGAUUCUUGUGAUAAUUGUGGAGGAGCUGGCUGUGGUCAGUGUGGAGGACUGGGAUGUGGAGGAUCUGUACAGAAAGCAGAAGAAGCACACAGACGAGCAAGAGAAGCAGACCAGAAACUUGAUCAGAAAGAAGAGGAGGCUAAUAGCAUGCUGGAUGAGAUGAUGCAAGCUAAAAACAAGACUGGUGAGGCACAGGAGUUAGCCCAACAAGCAUAUGAUCUAGCUCUCUUAGCUAAACAAGAAGCAGAAGAAGGACAAAUCAACAUCAAAGAUCUCAUCAAAAAUAUCACAGACUUCCUAGGACGAGUUAAAUCAGAGCCUGAAGAUGUUAGAAUGCUUGUCAAUGACACACUCAAUACCAAGAUUUCUCUUUCACCAGAAGAAAUUGAAGACCUUGCAGAACAGAUCGAAGAUAUUAUUGCAACCUUGGAGAAUAUUGAUGAGAUCAUCGCAGCUACUAGAGAUGACCUUGAACGUGUCAAUGACCUCAAAGAAAGAGCAGAUGCUGCCAGGGAGUUCGCUGAAGAAGUACUGGCUUCUGCUGAAGGUGUUAGACGUGCUUUAGAUCAAGCUAGGGAUGCACAGGAUGUAGCUGAUCAAGCAAUCAGGAAUGCUACUCAAGACAUCAAUGAUGCACAAGAUGCUCUUGUUCAGAUUGAAUCUGAAGCUGGCAAUGCUAAAGAUAAAUCUGAUGGUCUUCUUGAUAAGAUAGAAGAUAUGAAAGAGCAGCUAGAACGUGUACAGCUCAAGGUCACAGAUAACAAGGAAAAGGUCAACCAAGCUGUUAACUUGGCACAAAUGGCUGAGAAUCAAGCCCAAGAUGCUGCAGGCAGAGUUGAUGCUAUCGAGCAAGACUUCAAUCAAACAUCAGAUGAGGUCAUGGCGAAGGUCGCUGAGGUCGAUGAAGCAAAAGGUCGUGCAGAUGAUCUUUUCUUAAAUGUCAUCGCAUUUGAAGAAAAGAUUACUGAAGACUAUGAAGAGCUUUUGGGUAUGCAACAGACCUUUAACAACAACAAUGCCACCCUACACGACCUAACAGCCGAAAUCAAUGCAUUGAAUAUGAAAAUGAUGCAGAUACUACAAGAUAUACAAGAAAAGGCAGCUUACUACAGGAGCUGCACAGAGAGUCCUACACCCCCAUAAAAGAAAUCCAUAUUGUUAAAAUAAUGAUACUACAAUUGCUCUUCUCGUAAAAAAAUUGUAGCACAUAGUCAUCGAACACCUCUUAAAUAGUUCAAUAGUUAUUGACUCAGUUCAGGACUCAUUUAUUUUACCUCUGUUGGUUAUAUAGUUGGAUUACAUUUAAUUAUAUUAGGUUGAGAUAAGAUGUGGGUUAAAUACAUAGUAUUCAUGUCAUUCAUUUUCCCAUCCUCCAAACUUUUGAAUGCAAUUUCAAAUGAACAUAGAAGAGUGAUAAAAUGGUUCAUUUAUGGAUCUAUUCCUUCUAACCAUUGAGAAAUAAGAGAGUCUGAUUUUCCAUUUAAUGCCUUCACUGGCACAUUCUAGAGGCAUUAUUCCUUAUUCUUAUUUGAUAUCAAAUUAAAGUUGCACACCUACUGUAAAAUAUUUAAAGACCAUUAUAGUGUGCUAUAUCAUUCAAUUUUCUGCACAGUAAAGUUUUCUACCUUUGAUAUAGGAUUAGAGGCUACACUGAAUGUAUUUUGAUAAAAUGGUGUAUUUUUAACUUUACAUAUUUUAUGCUUAAAUAAAUGUAGAUUCAUAUCAGCAUCAGUGUUGGUUGUGUUUGUAUUUUUACACAUUUCUAUCAAAAGCAAGACUUCAUAGAUAUAGAAAUGAUUGAUUUAUAUGACUAGGUAUUUUCACUAUGGUGCUCAGUAAGUUAUUUGCAUUUUACUGUUUUUUGCAGAUUAAGAUAAUACCUUUACUAUAUUCCCACAACUCACUGUACAUUUAUUGUUGAUAGUUUAAGAAAAAAGAAAAUUAUCUUUGGUGAAUUGGUUGUAUAUGAAAUGGUUUUCUAUUGGACAAAUUAUUGGUAAUGUAUAUCAAGACGACAGAGGCUGGGUACAAGCCCCUACCACCAAAUUGUCAUCCUGAUAUUUUUCAAUCUCCAAUGUUGAUUUACUUCAGCAUGAUUAAAAUUUGCAUGAAAAUUAAGUAAUGUCACUGCCAUAUUUAUUCCCUCUCACCCUAUCUAAUCAAUGAUACCUUAUUCUAACCUUGAUAAAUUCAUGAAAUGGAUAAUGUCUUAAGAUAAAAAAUAAUCAUGGUUUAAAGUUUGAGUGUUUUUUUUUAAGUUUAAUGUACAAAACAGAAUGUUGGAGUAAGUGUGAACAUUUUUUAAGUUUGUAUACAUAAUAAUAACUAUUUAAUCAGUAGAUAUCAAUUCAUAGAUUUAAGUUUCUAAUUUCUGUACAGAAUUUGAAAAGACCAGUCAGUUUAACGCAAAAUAACAUUAUCGAAUGUUGUUUGAAAAUAUUUGUGUAUGUAUUAUAUGGUAUAAUGCGAUUGGGUGCUUAUAAUAUGUAGUUUGUUUAUUUACUUGUUGGUAUCAUAUCUGUUAUCUUUUUAUGUUUGACUCUAGGAUUAGAUUUUCCAUGUUUUAGUACUUUCUUUUCUAAUUUAUCCAUUCUUUAUCUCAGUGCCUGAUCAUGCUAAAUACACAUUUCCCAGCAAUUUGAGUAAAACAAUCAGAACUAGAUAUGAUUGGAUUCCUAAUAAUUUACAAAGACACAAGUGAUAUCACACAGACUUUUAUAGAAUAAUAUUGUGUAUCAUCAGAGAGGCUUAGUCAGAUAUCGGUAGGGGAAGGCGGGGUAAGUUGAGCAUAGGGGCAAGUUGAGCCACCACCCCCAGGCCAAUAAUGAAUUAGUCAGACAUUGUGGUGGUGUCAUGUAUUGAUGACCAAUUACAUAACCCUUUACCCCACCACAUUGUUUUCGAUUUUGAAACAAAAAGUACUUUUUUAGAGGGAAAAAUACAAAUUUCAGCCAAAAAAGUAAAAAAGGGUGUAAAAAAGAUCAGUGCUUUUUACCCACACACGUCUUAAAAUAUAAUAAAGAAAUAAGAACAAUAUUGGUAGUCCAGGUAUGGAUCUUCAUUCUUGUCAUAGUCUUUUACAUGAUGGAUGCAUAAGAAAUGUGUGGAUGUAAAAAUAUCGCAUUAAGUUAGGACUGGGGUACUUUGAGCCAGCCAACAUGGGGCAAGUUGAGCCAUGGUAAUUUGUAUGGUAAUGUAUAAUAAAAAAAGAAACAAACCUUGAAUAGCCAUGGAUAUGCAGGCAGAAAGGUGCAAAUUCACAUGACAGUUCCUUUUCUUUUAGAGGAUGUUAGUAUUUAUAAAGAAUUAGCUAGUGAAGACUUGAAAUAAAAAAUUGACAUGCUGGUUAUUCCCACAUACAUUUUGUACACAGUUUUUGUGGCUCAACUUACCCCACAUAUGGGGCAAGUUGAGCCAUUUGACAUCGGUUUUUUUUCAAAGGUCACAAUGAAUUUCAGUGUGGGGGUAGGAAGUUAUAUAUAGGUGUAAAAUAUUUCCCAAGAAUCAAAUUUAAAGGCAAGGUACUUAUUUCUACAAUAUUAUUAGUCAUAUCAAUUCUAACAUGCAAAAUGCAUAAAGUGUCAAAACUUACCCCACCUUCCCCUACUGCCAAGAUAAUUUCUCAUCUAAUCAUUUGAAUUUUAUCUCUUCAAUGUUCUCAUAAAAUAUCUUUUGGGGAAAGAUGAUCUCUUUAAUGCAGUAUCAUGUUCAUUCUAUUCCUUGGUUAGAUAGAUAUAUGUGAAUCCACAAUUUUUUUAUUGGAAAUAACUGGCUUCCAUGUGUUAUUACUAAUUAGAAUGGGCUUUCAUACUGGCUUGCAGCAAGUAUAUUCAUAACUAUGCAACAGUUUUUGGUUUUUCUAUCAAAAAAACAAAAUAAAUUCAUGUAUCUGGCAUAUUUUUAAUAAACCCUUUUCAUGUAAAUAAA